GAAAAAUAGAAACCAAUCACCAAUGGGGAGCUGGGUAAGGCAACCGACUCAGUGAGUCAGUGGGUUGUCGUGUAAAAAGAGAGGAAAAAAAAAAAAAAAAGCAUAAAGGGAGUGAUAAUGGCGGCACACAUGGGAACCAUAUACUCUUCUAGCUUCCCUACUCUGCCUCGUCUUCCUCGGCUGUCCUCGUCCUCCACCAUCAAGCACAGAGCUUUAACCACUGCAGCAAUGAGUGAUGAUCCAAUUCGCGAAUGGAUUCUCUCAGAAGGAAAGGCAACAAAAAUAACAGGAAUUAGUCCUGUAGGUGGUGGUUGUAUCAAUCGUGCUAGUCGAUAUAACACUGAUGCUGGUUCUUUCUUUGUUAAAACAAACAGGGGUAUUGGGCCAUCAAUGUUUGAGGCUGAGGCUCUUGGUUUAAGUGCGAUGUACGAAACCAGAACGAUCCGUGUGCCUAGGCCAUUCAAGAUUGGGCCCCUACCCACAGGUGGUUCUUACAUCAUCAUGGAAUUUAUUGAAUUUGGUGCAUCUAGAGGUGAUCAGUCUGUUCUAGGAAAGAAGCUUGCUGCUAUGCAUAAAGCUGGAAAAUCUGAGAAAGGCUUUGGUUUUGAUGUUGAUAACACUAUUGGCAGCACCCCUCAGAUAAAUACUUGGACAUCGGACUGGAUUCAGUUUUACGGGGAGCAUCGAUUGGGUUACCAGUUGCAGCUAGCAGUGGACCAGUAUGGUGAUCGUUCCAUUUAUGAAAAAGGACAAAGAUUGGUGAAAAGUAUGGGACCCCUCUUUGAUGGUGCGGUUAUAGAGCCAUGCUUGUUACAUGGAGACCUGUGGAGUGGAAAUAUCUGCUCCGACAAAAAUGGCGAGCCUGUUAUCCUUGACCCUGCAUGUUAUUAUGGACAUAACGAGGCAGAAUUUGGAAUGUCAUGGUGUGCUGGGUUUGGAGGAUCUUUCUACAAUUCCUAUUUUGAGGUGAUGCCAAAACAACCAGGAUUUGAUAAGAGGAUAGAUCUUUAUAUGUUAUAUCAUUACUUGAAUCAUUACAAUCUCUUCGGUUCUGGUUAUCGUUCGUCUGCAAUGUCUAUAAUAGAUGACUAUCUGAGGAUAUUGAAAGCCUAGUCAUUCUUUAUUGUUUCUAAAUCUUCUUUUUGAUCAAUUUCCAAGUGUUUCUGUAUAUAUUGCUGCUUGGUAGUUCUACAUAUUA